AUGGCGAGCGUCGUGCUGACGUCGCCGCCGCUGGCCGCGCGCAUCUUUGGCUUCCAAUUUGGCAUCUACGAAGACAUCCGGCAUCGCUUUCUCGAGGCGCGCUCCUUGACGUUGGUCAAGACCUCUCUCUGGAUCGAACGCGUCUACGUCUUCCCGCCCGGCUUUCGGCCCAUUCACCACUGCAACGAACCGACAAUGCCUGUUACCUUCUUGUCCCCGUACACACUCGGCUUAGCUCGCGAUUCUUUGUCUGAUGCCCGACUGCCGCUGCACCUCGCCAUCUACGAAGGCGACUUCUCCGUGACGCAGCGCAUUCUGACCUGUCGCCCAGACCUCGCCUCCGCCGAGGCCAUCGACGUCGCCUUCUACUGCACCCGCUUUGCGAUUGCCUCGUACCUCAUGGCCUUGCGGCGCGAUGUGCCGCAGCUCGGCGAGCACCUAUGGGCAUCGACCGACGGAAUCCCCUCCGUGGGGCAGCACUUGCCGGAGAGUUGCGCGACCUACGGCGACAUUGCGCUGCUGCAACUACUAAAAACGUACACGACAGUCGGGUGGACAGACAACGUUCUCCGCACAGCCAUCACUUUUCGCACGCCCGACAUGGCCGAAUACAUCUAUAUCCACGAGCCCGAGACGCGCUUUCCUGGCGCCUUGGACGCGGCAGUAAGAGCCGGCAAGGUUUCCCUCGUGCACCUACUGCGUCGCGAUGGCUACGCAUGCUCUGCCGACGCUCUCUCGAGUGCGGUUGCGCGCGGGUACCUCGACAUCGUUCACUUUCUUAUCGAGGACGGCGUCGCGCUCCAUUGCGAUGCGAUUGGCCAGGCCGUGGCUUACGAGCGACGGGAUACUGUGGCGUACCUUCUCUCUCUGGCCAACGUCGACUUGGACAUCGAUGACGCACUCGCGCUGGCGCUUCAGCGCGGCGACGCAGGAAUCGUCAACGAGAUUUUAGCGACGGGUCGUACGAAUGUGCCGGCGGGGGCUGUUCUUUCUGCGCUACAAGAGAGACAAUUCGAUGUGGCGCGCUGCCUUCUCUUACACAGCGGUGUCAUUAACGUCGCUGCCGUUGACGCAGCCCUUCUUGGCAAGAGCCCCGCGCUGCUUCUUGCACUCCUCCAAGAGUUUGGUAUCGAACCGCCGACGACCGCCAUGUAGCAGUGCGUAAUUUCUUAUUCCAAAUGAACAAUCCGCCUCACGCAGCCCAUUAGCCAAGUUAAUGACACUCGCACAUCAUCGCUAGUAGGAUUACAUCGUCACGCUUCAUACAUGUAAUAAACCCUAAUCUCAAAACGACAUGAAACUCUGCA